AUGUUUCUUUCUUUCUAUCUAUCUAUCUAUCUAUCUAUCUAUCUAUCUAUCAUUUCUUUGCCUAGUACUAUCUCUUUAUUUAUCUCACAUUUGAGGAAUGUCUUUGCUUUUCGAUUAUUCAUGAAAUGUCCCCAUUUUUUUUUUUUACUUCUUCCUUACUUUCUAUAUUUCUCCUUUUUUUUUCUUUUUUUUACUUUUAUAUUCAUCAUUCCUUUUCUACUCAUUCCAUUCAGAUGUUUCUUUCUAUUUCCAUUUUGGUUUUCUGUCACAAUUGCGUUUCUUCUCGUAUCCAUUCCAGAUGUUUGUUGUUUUUCUUUCACAAUCAAUCUUACAUUAAUUAACUUUUCAGAUGUGCUUUUUCAUUAUCGAAAAAUGAUUGCUAUAUAUGCGUUAUCUAUAAAAAAAAAAACAAAUUACGUCUUCAUUAUCUAUCUAUCUAUCUAUUUAUCUAUCUGUUUCAGUUUAUUCAUAUCUAUCUAUCUAUCUAUCUAUCUAUCUAUCUAUCUUAGUCUGUUCAUAUCUAUCUAUCUUAGUCUGUUCAUAUCUAUCUAUCUAUCUAUCUAUCUAUCUAUCUAUCUGUUUCAGUUUAUUCAUAUCUAUCUAUCUAUCUAUCUAUCUCAGUCUGUUCAUGUCUAUCUAUCUAUCUUAGUCUGUUCAUAUCUAUCUAUCUUAGUCUGUUCAUAUCUAUCUAUCUAUCUAUCUAUCUAUCUAUCUAUUUCAGUUUAUUCAUAUCUAUCUAUCUAUCUAUCUAUCUAUCUAUCUAUCUAUCUCAGUCUUCUGUUCAUAUCUAUCUCUCUAUCUAUCUAUCUAUCUAUCUAUCUAUCUAUCUAUCUAAUCUGUUCAUAUCUAUCUAUCUAUCUAUCUAUCUAUCUAUCUAUCUAUCUAUCUAUCUAUCUCAUCUAUUACUAUCUAUAUAUCUAUACAAAUCUCUUUAUAUCUAUCUAUCUAUCUAUCUAUCUAUCUAUCUAUCUAUCUAUCUAUCUAUCUAUCUAUCUAUCUAUCUUAGUCUAUUACAAUCUAUCUAUCUAUCUAUCUAUCUAUCUUAGUCUUUUACAAUCUAUCUAUCUAUCUAUCUAUCUAUCUAUCUAUCUAUCUAUCUAUCAAACUCAGUCUGUUCAUAUCUAUCUAUCUAUCUAUCUAUCUAUCUAUCUAUCAAACUCAGUCUUUUCAUAUCUAUCUAUCUAUCUAUCUAUCUAUCUAUCAGUCUAUCAACAAAAUAAAAUAUGA